CGAAAAAGUGGGCCUCUGCAUCUGCAGCCUUGAGCCAUCGAACGCGACUCCGAUCACCAUCGUCGACCGAGCCGAGACGCCUGCACUCUGCACCACCCUGCACCCUGCCUCCCGCGCCAUCGAGUCUAACUUGAGAUAGGGGGCACUGAGUUGUCGCACACGCAUCGUGGAAGCGAAUACAUAUGGCGUCGACCGAUGAUCCGCUCUUGCUGCUGCGGCAGGCCAUCGCGGCGGGCAGCAAGAUCAUCCCAACCGCGUCCGCCGACUCGUCGGAAGAAGCGCCGCUAUCCAAGGCCACUCAUCUCGUCUUCACCCAACCGACCCGUAUCGCAAUGCCAAUUGAUACGCCGACGCGCUUUACGUCGACCGAAGGUAAAGCUGUCGACGUGCGUUCCAUCUACUUUGCGUGGCUGAACCGCGACUUCGCCAUUCCCGAGUACAAUGCCGUUGCCACCAAACUUAAUGAGGAGAUGGCUGGCUCCACAGCCGUGCACAUGUUUGCCUUCGUCGAGCGUCUCGUGCUGUUUACCUUCCUGGAGGGCGCCCAAGAGGAGAGCGAGUUCAUCAAGCCUCUGCCCGGCGAUAAGGGUGCUGCGACAGGGGCCGGUGCUGCUGCGACAGUGAAGGCUGCGCCAGCCGUGCCAGGUCGCGCAGGACGCGGGACGCUAGAUCCCCGCCUGGCGCAGAUUUACAAUGGGGAGCGUCGCAUGGGAGACCGGAAUACCGUCCUCAGGGGGAUCAAGCCAACUGACUUCUCCCACGUGCGCAAGCUCGCUGCGCCCUUCAUGGCGCGCAAACCAGGUGGCCCUCCCUUCGCCGCCGGCGCCGGCAGCGGCGCGCCCCUUGCGCUCAACCAAAAGCCGGCUCGCCGACCCGACCCCAUCAUCCUCCUCUCGCCCUCGGCCUCCUCCCUCCUGCGCAUGUCCAACGCCAAGGCCUUCCUCGAGGGCGGCCGCUACACGCCCCCGGAUCACAACUCGACCUCCACAAUGCUGCAUAUCUCCCGCACGCUCAAGGACAUCGACCCGUCGCGACCCAUGCGCUUCAUCCUGGUCGAGGGCCCGGAGCAGUUCAAGCCAGAAUACUGGAACCGCGUGGUGGCAGUUUUCACGACGGGGCAGGCGUGGCAGUUCAAGAACUACCGGUGGAGCAACCCCAACGAGCUAUUCAAGCAUGUGCUGGGCGUCUACCUGGGUUGGCGGGGGGAGCAGCUGCCCGAGGCGGUCCGUGGGUUCGGGCAUAAGGUGCUCGCGUGCUCGGUCGAGAAGUGGAGGGAUCCCGGGCAGCCCGGGGCCGAGACUAGUCGGUGGCGGGACAGGGAGGUGGUCGAGGCCAUCUGGAAGGGGAUCGAGGCGAAUAUGCGGGCCAAGGGAUGGCGUAAAGAUGCUGCGCCGAGCUCAAUCUGAGACCUGGGUAUUGUAUACCCGAUAAAAAUAAUCAAUCUGUAUCACAUAGGGGCACAAGCUUGACGUUUCUGGGGGACGGCGUUUCUGACGGGUUAUUACAUACAGGUGGGAGAUCAGGAGUUCGGGGUAUGAACAGCCUGGCGUGCGAAACAACGGGACUUUGGA